GCCCAGUAUUAGCAUAAAUCAUGUUCGCAUUGUGGCUCAUUCUGGCCUGCUGCUGCUGGCCAGCGGAGAGUGCUGCCUCGAUUGGCAUCGUUAAGUCUCUGGCCGAACAGCAGAGCGACGGCUCCUACUUCUUUGCCUACGAGGCGGCCAAUGGCAACUAUCGCGAGGAGGUGGGCAUCGUCAAGGAGGACAGUCUGGAGGUGUCCGGCGUCUAUCGCUACCUCGACGACAGCGGCCACAGAGUGGAGGUCAGCUAUGUGGCGGACCAGAAUGGCUUUGUGCCGCGAGGCUUCCACAUCAGAGCUGGAUCGAAUAUAAAUAAACCUUUAUAGAGUCAUGAGUUGGCGCUUGAACAUUUACUUUGAUGGGGCAC